AUGAGGACUAUGGCGGCGCCAUCGGAGGCGGCGGUGGAAGCAUUCAAGCAGGCGCUGGCGACCGCUGCCUCGGUGUCCGCGUACGCCAUGCUUGCGCGCGGCAUGGCGCGGGAGCUCCUCCCCGACGAGUUGCGCGCGGCCGUGCAGUGGGGCGCGGCGUUGGUGCGCUCCCGCUUCGGCGCCCGCGACAAGGAGCGCCACACCAUCAUCAUCCGACACUACGACAACGCCGCGUCCAGCCAGAACAGCUUCUUCGACGCGGCGCGCACGUACAUGGCCACCAAGAUCAACCCGCGCACCAUGUCCCGGCUCUGCCUCGCCCGCUCCCUCAUCACCGAGCCCGACGGGAGCAUCAGCUGGAGCACGCUCCUGUCCAUGGAGGACGGGGGCUCCAUCACAGACCACUUCGACGGCGUUGAGUUCCGGUGGGCGUUCAUGGAGGCUGGCGGCGAUGACGGCAAUAGGGCCAAGGGCGGGGGCGAGACCCUAGAGCUCAGCUUCGACGCGGAGCACGCGGACACCGCUCUCGACAAGUACGUGCCCUUCAUCAGCUCCACGGCGGAGGAGCUGCGACGCCAGGACCGCGCGCUCAAGAUCUUCAUGAACGACUACGGGUCGUGGCAAGGCAUGAACCACCACCACCCGGCCUCCUUCGAAACGCUCGCCAUGGAUCCAGGGCUGAAGCAGGCCGUCCUGGACGACCUCGAUCGCUUCCUCAAGAGGAAAGACUACUACCGGCGGAUCGGAAAGGCUUGGAAACGCGGCUACCUGCUCUACGGCCCCCCUGGCACCGGCAAGUCCAGCCUGGUGGCUGCCAUGGCCAACCACCUUCGUUUCAACCUCUACGACCUCGAUCUCUCCAGUGUGCCCGACAACUCGUACCUGCAGUGGCUUCUCAUCGACAUGUCCAACAAGUCCAUCCUCGUCAUUGAAGAUAUUGACUGCAGUUUCGACACCAUGUCGAGAGAAGACCGCAAGGACCACCCCGACGAGGACGACGGACGAGACAACCAAUCGGGAGAUGAGCGCAAGAUGACACUGUCGGGGCUGCUCAACUUCAUCGACGGGCUGUGGUCGACCAGCGGCGAGGAGCGCAUCAUCAUCUUCACCACCAACUACAAGGAUCGCCUCGAUCCGGCGCUGCUGCGGCCGGGGCGCAUGGACAUGCACGUCUACAUGGGUUACUGCUGCUGGGAGGCAUUCAGGAAGCUGGCCUGGAACUAUCACCUCAUCGACGACCACCCUCGGUUCCCAGGCAUACAGGAAUCACUUGCAGGGGUGGAGGUAACGCCCGCCGAGGUGUCCGAGAUGCUGCUACGGAGCGAGGACGCCGAUGUUGCGCUACGGGUACUUCUGGAAUUCCUCCAAGAACGAAGAGGGGCAAUAAAAGAGUCAGAGGACAAGCAUGAUGCGUAG